AUGCAGCAGCUGCGUGAGGAUUUCCCGGGGAUGCUCGCUGCGGCGAUGCGCAACGCCCUGAAUGGCGCACCGAAUCUUGGUAGCUCCCCGGCUCCCGCCGCCCCUGCGCCCGCUCCCGCUCCUGUGAAUGCGGAGGUUCCGGCCGCGCCCCUUGCUGCGCCUGCUCCGCACGCAUCUGCGUACCCGCGGGCUCCUCCUCCUGGCGGUGACCGUGCUCCACCCGCCUACGUUCGUCCUGUGUCUGCCUCGCAGUAUCCGCCCCUGCCCUGGAUUCCCCCUCUUCCGGACGCGGGAUUUGUGGGAGUGGGAGGCGGAGGGGCGAGGGGAGCCUUCGUUCCUCCCCGUCGUUUUGCUGAAGCUCCGUCCGUGCAGCCUCCGCCCCCUCUUCCCGUUCCGCCUGCCGCGUUGAGGACGGGAAUGGCUCAAGUUCCCACGGCGACCCUUGCGCAGCUGUGGCGCUUGGUGGAGUGCCAGCAGGCCCUGACACUGAUUCUGGUGAAUGCGCACUUCGCCAUUCUCCAGAGCCCAGGGAGCACUCUCGGUCGUGAGGCUCGAGGAGAUUGCUUGGCGGCGGCUGCGCAACUUGCCUUCCUCCUCCUACCCGUGCUGGGAGCGCCCGCGUUGGGAGGCGUUGCGGUUUCAGAACUGGACGGGACGGUCCAGGUGGCCGCCACCUUCCUCGUCUUUUCUGACUACAUGCGGCCGGCGCUGCGCCUCGCCGCCCUCUCCACCGCCCGCGUGCUCUUUGUCUUUACCCAUGACUCCAUCGGGCUGGGGGAGGAUGGCCCCACGCACCAGUGGAGCACCUCCCCUCCCUCCGAGCAAUCCCCAACCUCCACAAUAUUUGCCCAGCACACCACAACCCUCAUUUCCCUCUCACUCUACUCUCUCCCAUGCCUCCCUCUACCAUCAUCCCCCCUUCUACAGCCAGUGGAGCACCUCCCGUCCCUCCGAGCAAUCCCCAACCUCCACGUCAUCCGCCCGGGCGACGCCACCGAGACAGCUGGCGCCUACGUGGCGGCGAUUCGGCGCAGCGUGGGGCCCACCGCGAUCCUGCUGUCCCGUCAGAAGCUGACAGCUCAGCUCCGGGGGUCGUGCAGGGAGGGGGUGCUGAGGGGGGGGUAUGUGCUGGGAGGGGAGGGGAGGGAAGAAGAGGAGGAGGGGGAGGGAGGAGAAGGUGGAUUGGAUUUGAUUCUGAUUGGGUCAGGAUCGGAGCUGGUGCUCUGCCAGGAAGCUGCUGAGAAGCUUCGCGAGGAAGGGUACAGUGUGCGGGUGGUGUCCCUCCCCUGCUGGGAGCUCUUCAGGCAGCAGCCUCGGGAGUACCGGGACGCUGUGCUGCCGCCACGUGUCACCAAACGACUGGCUGUUGAGGCUGCUCGCUCUCAGACCCCUCACCCCACCCAUCCCUCCUCUCACACCCCUCACACCUCUCACCCCCCUCACCACGCGCACCCCUCCUCCCACACGCCCCUCACCCCUUCCCCCUCCUCUCACACCCUGCUCACCCUUCACACCCCUUCCACACCCUACAGACUACACUCCAUAUCCUUGAACUCCCCUCCCUCGGACUCCCUCUCAGCUCCCCACCACCAUCCCAACUUCCUCACACUCUUUCUCGCAUCCCCCCUGCUCCCUACAGAUCUUCCCCGCCCUCCUCGCUUCCCCCCCUGCUCCCUACACUCCCGUCUUCCUCACAAUCCUCUCACAUUCCCUUCCCCUACUCUGCACCUCACAGCCCCUCAGAGGGUCUUGGCAGGGGGGAGCUGGGCACAAGCAGAGUCGUUCUUGAAUGGAGAUGAUGCACGAGCGGAUAGCACUGCUCUGCCUUACGGCCGUCUAACGAACCAGAACUACAGUGUGUGCACGGGAGGAAAGGAGACAUUUAAUCACGCCUCUGCUGCUGCCUCACCUGCUUUCCCACCUGUGUCUGCAGACCUAUGUGCCUCUGCUCCUCUAUCUGCUGCCCUAUCUGCUGCCCUAUUUGCUUCUCUACAAUCUGUAACUGCUGCCCCAAAUGCUGACCCAACUGCUGCCCCAACUGCUGCUCCAGAUGCCGCCAUAACUCCCGCUGCUGUCGGGUUGGUUGGGUUGACUGCUGAGUCACGCCUUGAGGCGACUCACCAGUGCCUGACAGCUGCUGUGGCGAAGCGCCUGCCGGCUGCUGUGGCGGUCCUGCCACGUGCUGCCUUGCCUGCUGCUGACCCGCCUGGGCCUCUACCUGCUGACCCAGAUGCUGCCCCAGCUGCUCCUGCAGCUGUUGCACCAACUUCUGCCCUAACUGCCGCCCCAAAUGCUGCUCCAGGUACUUCCAUAGCUCUUGCUGCUCCCGGGUUAGCUGUGUUGGCUGUGUUGGCUGGGUUGACUGCUGAGUCACGCCGGUGGGGGCAGCUGGAGGGAAACGAGAGGCGAGAGAUGGCGAGAGAGGAAGGGAGGGGAGAGGAGUGGUGGGUGCGGGAUGGGCCAGCAGGGCUCUCAUGCUGUCAAUCACACGCACUGCUCUCAGCAGAAUGUCCGCUGGGGGGGCGACACCUGGCAGUGCUGCUGCCGGGGCUACAGCAGCGGGAGCGGUGGGAGUUGGGAUUGGUGCUGCAGCAGCGGUUGGCAGUGGUGCAGGGGGUGCGGCAGGUGUUAGUGGUGGUGCUACAGCAGAGGCAGGAGGCGCAGGUGGAAAGGGCAAGGCAUGUGGCCGAGGGGAUGGGGGCAGGUGCUGUGGUGAGACGGUGUUGGCAAGGCUAG